GCCCAAACCUACUUUAACUUCCGGUACAGCGCGGGCUUCCUUUUUGUGAUUUAGAAUUACUGAACGUUGGCUUUUGCCAUAAUUUUUCAUUGUAUUAAUAGAGGCGUGAGGUCCAUCGGCCCCGUGUGAAGGAGAGUGUGGUGCGCUGCUUGUGAGGCGUCAUGAAGCUGGUCAGGUUCCUGAUGAAACUCAGUCAUGAGACGGUGACGGUGGAGCUGAAGAAUGGGACUCAGGUGCACGGCACGAUCACAGGGGUUGAUGUAAGCAUGAAUACACAUUUGAAAGCUGUCAAAAUGACGGUAAAGAACAGAGAACCUGUUCAGCUGGAGACUUUGAGUAUACGCGGCAAUAACAUCCGAUACUUUAUUCUACCGGACAGUUUGCCCCUUGAUACCUUGCUUGUUGAUGUUGAGCCAAAAGUAAAGUCUAAGAAAAGAGAAGCUGUUGCAGGCCGUGGCAGAGGAAGAGGUCGUGGACGGGGAAGAGGCCGUGGCAGAGGAAGAGGAGGACCAAGGCGAUAGCUUUACCGCGAAAAUUAGCUUCACAAUAACAAAAAAUAUUGUUUUUGUACAGAUUUUGUUAACUUUUUAACAAAGGAUUGUUGAACUUGUGCUCGUCCACGCUGGGGUUUACU